ACCCUUUUAUACCCAUUCGUGUAGGGGUGACUUCAAAUUUCUAAUAAUACCCUUUUGUCAAUGGCUCGCCUUGUCGUUCACAAUGACCCUGCAAUUUUCAACUCUGCCUCUUCCUCUUCCUCCUCAUUCUCCUCCUCCUCCUCCUCCUCGUCGGUUGAGAUCGAUCAGGCAGGGGCGGCGAUUGCGAUUCACUCGAACCGGAAACGGGCGAAGCGGCCCAGGGAAACUAGCAAUGGAAACAGCAAGCACCCGGUUUUCCGUGGGGUCCGAAUGAGGGCAUGGGGAAAAUGGGUUUCCGAAAUUCGCGAGCCCCGAAAGAAGAGCAGGAUCUGGCUCGGCACUUUCUCCACCCCUGAAAUGGCCGCACGUGCCCACGACGUCGCCGCUUUAACUAUCAAAGGCAACUCCGCCAUUCUCAACUUUCCCCAACUUGCCCAUCAGUUCCCUCGACCCGCUUCCAACUCCCCCCGCGACGUCCAGGCCGCCGCCGCCAAAGCUGCCUCCAUGGAACUCCCCACCCCUCCCCCGCCGACGCCCUCCUCAUCCUCCUCCUCCUCCUCCUCUUCCUCUUCCUCUUCCGGUUUGUGUCCGUCGACGCCGGAGGAAUUGAGCGAAAUCGUGGAGCUUCCUAGCUUGGGGACGAGUUACGAAACAACCGAAUUGGGGAAAGAGUUCGUAUUCGCUGACUCAUUGGAAGGUUGGCUUUAUUCAUACCCAUGGUACAACAGAGUGAGCAAUGUAGAAGAAGAAGAAGAAGAAGAUUACAGGUUGUUCGGAGACCAGAUUUUAAUGGCGGAUUAUACACACACUUGGAUUCCAACUACCACACCCUUCGAAACUUUCUCGUGGCCACAUUAAACAAAAUCAGCCUCACCUCCAUUCUUCUUCCCCCAAAUCUAAAUUUUGCUUGUAAAACUAAACAUUUUCUUCCAAACCUCUGUUCUUUUUUUUUUUUUUUUAAUUAAAAACAAAAAAACAAAACAAAAAAACCAUUUAGUGUUUUGUUAAUAAUAAUAAUAAUGUAAGGAUUUGGGGUUUGAGGCGGAAUUGAAUUAAUCAUCAAUUUCGCCUCCCUCUGUUCAUAUAAAUUUGUGUGUAAUCUCUGUUUACGCUCUAAUUCAUCAAUUUCUCUC